GUGCAGCAAACUAGCAGCCCUGGGGUGCGAGCUGUGGAAGCCAUGGUUGAAGUACGAGUUCUGUCCGAGAUGGAAAGUAGCAGGCGAGCCCUGGAGACAAGGUCGACGAAGGUAUGGAAUCAACUACUUUGUUGCAGGACGUGUGGCCUAGAUGGAAACUGCACGCACGAUGGAGGAGAGAUCGAAUCGGAGGAUCAGCCUGCUGCUCCCUAUCUCUAUGCCUCCCAGCCUUGGGCCAAAGCAGCCAGCCCUGUGCACAGUGCCGCGCCUUCCAAAACCAUCGGAGCGCACCGCACUUGUGCCAAGAAACGGAAGGCCAGCAGGGCAAGGCAAAAUAGCUGCAAACCCAAGGCACGUAGACCUACUACAGUACCAACGGGGGACUUACUGGAGAAGAGGUUUCCCAGUGAAGCUGCGAAACCGCCAAUGCCAUCAACAUCAUAAAAAGCUGAAUGUCGGAUCCACGCAAGAACCGGUGACCGGCAAGUGCAAGCCCUGGGCAGUGACUGUGAGCUGAAUUGUUUAUACUGUGGGGCCAACAGGCAAGCAAUGUGAGCAGUGCAGUCUUUGCUUGCCGUUGCAAAACUUUUACUUUCCAUUUCAGAUCAUUUCAGUAAACUCAGCAAACCUCUUCUUUGGCCUCAGACUGGAGUUUCACAUUGUCACAGCCGGCUGUAAGUUGGGCGUUUUCCCACAGUUGCCAGACUGCACAAAUUGUUGCGAGACCCGCAUUUGGA